AUGGCUACAACGUUCAUUUCCAGGCCGAUCAAAGCUUCAGAAGCUCAACAAAUUUUCAAUUAUCGUUUGUCAAGAGCUAGACACGUCAUUGAGAAUACUUUCGGCAUUUUAAGGGCAAGAUGGCGUGUUUUCAGUCGUCUAAUUCAGGCCUCAGUGCAAACAGCAGAAGAAAUUACCAAAGCAGCUGUGUGCCUGCAUAAUUACCUGAGACAAACUAACAGUGCAUCCUACUGUCCAUCAGGAUUUGUUGACAGUGAAGAUGGAAGUGGUGAUAUAAGACCAGGGGAGUGGCACCAGGUUGUCCGCAAUGACAGCAGAGGGGCACUGUUUGACAUUGCUCCAUUGAGGGGUAGAAGAUAUUCCAACUCAGCUAUUGAAGUCCGGGAGGCAUUGAUGGAAUAUUUUGUUUCUGAUUCUGGAUCCCUCCCUUGGCAAUGGAAUCAUGUAAGAAGUAGAGGCCAAAAUGUUAGUUAG